GUGACUGUUCACACUUCAAUUGUCAUAAUUUUCUUAUUGUGUAUGCUGUAAAACAACCUAUUCAUUCACUAUCAUGGCAGGGAGAAUCAUUUAUAUGGCAUAUGCUUCUCAGUCUCAAUUUACCAUGAAAGUAAAGUGUUAACAUGAAAUAAUUUUGAUGUCAUUUAAGUUUCUAAUUGUGGUGAUGUUAUGAUAGUUCCAGCUGCCUCCAACGGAACUGUGCUCUGCUUGUUUGGCACCAGUCUACCCAAUGGAGAAAAUGGUGGCUGAUAAAUUAAUCCUCCACUACAACUGCUUUUGCUGUAAACACUGUAACAAAAAGCUGAGAAUUCAGAACUAUGCAGCACUUUAUGGGGAAUUCUACUGCAUGUUUCAUUAUCAGCAGCUUUUCAAAAGAAAAGGCAAUUAUGAUGAGGGAUUUGGUCAUAUACAGCACAAGGACCGCUGGCUUCCAAAGGCAAAAGAGAAAGAAGCUAACGACACAAGCAACGACAAUGUUCCCAAAAGGGAUGUGAAGGCUACAGAGGUCAUUUUAGAACCCCCUGCUGGGAUGUUCACUCCAUCGCCAGAUAAAAAAUUCCAAGCAGCGAAGACCGAGAAAGGUUCAGAUGCCCGGAACAAAUUGAGAAUCAGUUGGCCGCCAGAAAAGAAGAACAGUGGUAUUCAUUCGGUGCCACAGGACUGUAAGAAAAAUAAAUCGAAUAAUCUGACCACUGAGAAAAAGACAGAAUUCUCUCAAGACAAAUAUGGUUCAGGGAAGGAUCUAAAAAGUCCAGACAGAAAAAUUUCUAAGCCAAGAGAGCUAGAUGUGAAUACAACAGACCCUUCCUCUUUAACACCAAAAAACAAGACCAGCUCUUCUCCUGUUGUAGCAUCGAAGGAGAAGGCCAAGGUAGAAUCAUUCAUUCAAGCUUCCACAUCAUCCGAUGCUUCUCAACCAUGGAAGGUUGCAUCAAAAAUUGCACUUUUCCAAGAAGGUACACCAACAAAGUUUAAACCUCCUUAUACUUCUCCUAAAGACACAGAAAAAUCUCAAACAAUGGCUUCUAUUCCAAGCAAAAAUGUAGUCACAGUGCCAACUACAGUAAAAGACUACUGGUCCAUUUCAAAUGAAGUGAACACAUCCUCUGCUAAAAUGAGAAAAUCUGUUCGAUUUGCAUCAAGCAGAGACACUGAGCAGGAACAUACACUGACAACCGGUGCAGGUAAAGAACCUAAAAAUAAUGACAACACAUCUAAAAGAGGCAACCCUGAAGUUGAUCCUAAACAUGACAAGAUUAAUAACUUGACAGAAUUGACCUCGGAAGUGGAUACUGAGGAUUCCCUAUUAAAGGACAAGUUAAAUGAGGGUGGCACUGACAAAAUUCAUAAUCCUUACACAAAACUACAACAAAGUGAGAAAGAAGCAGAUUACAGAAGCAAAAGACAUUUGGAUUUUUCUCAAACAAAUGUACCAGAGGAAACGGGCAUGAACAUUCCACCUACCUCUGCUAUUUCAGAGCUGUCUGAGGCUUCCAUCACAGUUGGGGACAGUGUUCACGAAGGCCUGAUGAAACAGGCUAUACAAGAAGUAAAGGAAAUGACUAAUAUGGAGCAACAUGAGAGGGAACAGGAUGACAAAAAAGUAAAUUUUGAGAAUAUGGAUCCAGAAUCUAGAGUAUCUUCCAAAGACGCAAGAUUGAAACCAACAGAAACAGGAAUUGACAAAAAGGAAGACACAAACACUCCUGAGGUUGAUGCUAAUCAAGGGAAUGUAUCCAAAAUGGCUGAGGAGAAGCCGAAGGCCUCAGAGAAACCCAAUGCCCAAGGUCCCUCUAACAAACAGAAUGGGAAGACACACAUUCGAAAGGAGUCAUGGUCUAAACUGUCAGGUAAAAGCCCCAUAUCCAAACUCUUUUCUUCUGGUGGGAAAACAGACAAGAAGGAACCUGUGGAGAGCAAGAAACCAGAGGCUAAACCAAGAUCCAUCCUGGGAAAAUUUUUCCAGUCAUCAACAGAGAAGGAGAAAGACCCAAAUAAUUCCCAGGAGAUUAAUACCGACUCACCAGGUAAGGUGUCAGAUGUGACCAAUGAGAAUGCUUCAGAGGUUUUCAAGGGUGAUGAGCUCCUCAAAGGUGAAAAAAAGGGCAAUGAAGAUAUUCAUGAUCCUUCACUCCCAAUCAAAGCUGAAGAAACCAGCGACACAGACAUAGCAGAGUCUCAGGAGAAUCAAUAUGCCUGCAUGCAAGGGGAAGUGAAUGAAAAUGGCAUGAAUGAAGCCAGCAGUGCUCCAAUAACGCAGAGCGUUUCUGACCCUAUCCAGGACCGAUCUGAUUCUACUGUUCACAGUCCUAGUCCCCGCAUUCUUGGGACAGACACCACAGAUGCGUUCGCCUCAUCCAAAAAGCCAGUCUAUCAAUCUCAAAUGAAAAACAGUAAUGGGGAGAUAAAUCCUCCAUUUCCAGAUCUCAGCACACCCAUUGGAGUAGAUCUUAACCAAUCAGGAGACUCACUUCCCCAAAUACAUACAGAUACCACUGUAAGUCCAUUUGGUGUGGAGCUAGCGGCAUCAGGCACAGACUUGAGUGACAGGGGCUCUGUAGAUAACAGUAUCACUGAGACCCUCAAUCCAUUUGGUCCGAACAAACCAAAACCAGACGUUCAAAGCAUACGUGAUAUGUCACACUCAGAUACCAGUCACUCUACACUUAAUUCUGGGGAAGAUCAGCUUGAUGUGUUUGGGAUCAACAGUGGAUUCGUGAUUCCUGAUCAAGCAUUUGUUCAACCUGACAAAACUGGUAAUCAGUUUGAUCCGAAGCUGGCACCUCAGCUUGAUGAAUCCCAAGCCAAACAGGUCGGCCUAGACAUAUUUAGUUCCGACAGCGGAAUCCCAGGUCUUGCAAGCACCUCCAAUGUGUUUGACAACAACUUUGGUGGUUUAGGUACCGUUUCAGCUCCGUUGUCUUCAACUCUUCUUGAUGACCCAUUUGGGACAGUUGAUUUUUCAGAGAGUGGAGACAACCCGGCUAUGACAGCAUCUCCUGGACACUCGAACACCUUUGAUGACUUCCUGGGUUUGAGCCAAUCAACUGUGGCAAAUCCAACAAUGACCAAUCAGGAAAGUCUGUUUGCUGAUGACAUAUUUGCAUCUGAUCCCUUUGGUACCCCAUUAGGCAUCCCAAACACAGCAGGUCCAAAAUUGGAUGGGAUGGCACAAAUGAGUCCAGCUAGUAUGGACACAGCAGCAUCACCAGACAUCAUGAACGACAACAAAUGGAUGGAUGACCUGCUGGGUUAAUGGUGUCUUUGACUGGUUUGAAUGGUGUAACUGCUCAAGAGAAUGGAUUAACAAUGGAACCUAAAUUUCUCUGCCAGUCAGGUAUCUAAUCUAAAGUCAAACGAAAAACUCAAUUAUUAAGAUCAAUUAUUAAUUGUUAAACAUACACAUUUGAAAUGGAUUAGUUUUGCAAUUAAACCAAUUGUUGCCAGAAUUGUUGCCUUAGAGGAUAUAGUAUCGGAGGAUAAAAUAAGACCCUGACAUCUAGUGGACUGACAUAGGAAGUACAUUAUCUUCUUACUCCUUCCGAGAUGUAUUUUUUCCACGCUGGAGAAAUUAUUGUAGACCACUAAGACACUGUUAACAGAUCAGAUAUACCAAGCUCACUGCUUUGCGUUAAUAAAUCAUGGCUAAGACAGACUGAUGUUUGCAUGUAUGUGACAAACCAGUAAGACACCAUGUAAACAAAUGAAGUCACCAUCUUUAAAACUAAGGGCUCAUAAUUGCCAUUAGAAGACUAAACUAUAUUAGUCCUAACAUAUUGCAAGCAGAUCAUGUAUUUCCAGUUUAAUAAUUAUAUUUUAAACAUUUUUACUAAUAACAAUAUAAUUUCUCGAAGGAAAUGAAAGUACAUCAUAUUAUUGGAGUGAAACAGUCAAACCGUGAAUGUAUUUUAGAUUUUAAAAAUACUUUUUAUAAUUCUGUCCUUUUUUUCAUUCUUAAUUUCAGUUAUUUUUAUAGACGCACGUGUACUAGCACAUCUUGUAUUACUGAUAAGUAACAAAAACUAUUUGUACAUUAAAAAGCUGAUUCAAA